AUGACACGACGAAGGCUUACCCAACACCGUGCGGAGAGGACGUCGACGGAUCCGAUAUCGCAUCCCAAUCCGCACCGUUUGAACACCGCCGGCCCUCCCACGAGGGCGAUCGUUGCCGCCCUGAUUCUAUGCGCAGCCCAAGCCCAAGGAGCAGCUUCGACUUCCUACUUGAAUGGUUUGACGCAUUUUGGGCAAUAGUGAGCCCCUUUCGAGGUAACUUAACUCGGUGAUGGAUGGAAGUCUGAAUUUUCCCCUUUCACAUUUUGAUCGUCCCCCAGCUCGCCAUAUCAACCGAGCGCAACAUACGGUUCGGGCUCCCCUGAGUGGGUGGGUAAGAUCCUCCAGGUAAGAUUGGUGAUCCCGCAGCCGCUUCUCCAUAGUUGCACAGAGUCUGAAGACUUCGAUGAUGCGUGUACAGGUCAAUAUACUGCAAAGCAAUGGAGCGAGCGACCCCACUUCGAAAUUAUCGGCAGCGAUGCAGGCCUCGGUCAGAAAAGUCGCUGGUCGACCCAAGUACAGUCUAAAGGAGAUGGAGUUCCUGUCCAACUACACCUAUACUCUCGGCAGUGAGGGAGCUUUGAUGCCGUAUGGAAGGGCCGAGUGAGUCUUGCUGGCCCUAGUAAGAGUGGGACGCAGUAACACUGACCACUCGCCGAUUGUGUAAUUGGCCUCGGAUCGUGAAGAUCUUAUGCUGCUGGUGUCUUGGCCUCGACUAGGUACGGCUGCAAGAAGGACGACGACUGCGAACCCUUUAUUCGAUCUUCGGUGAGUUUAAACGUCGGCUUUUCAUCCUAAAUGGCUCCGUACGGUCACUCAGACUUAUAUUGUUUCACCUUAGGCAUCAGCCAGGGUCAAAGAAUCGUCAGAACAGUGGUUGAAGGGUUUCAUGAGUGAGGCUGGGUAUGGUGUCUCGGGUUCGGUCACGUUCCCCGAAACCAAAGGCAGCAACAAUACGUUGUUUGACAACUGCCCCAAUCUCGUCAGCUCCCUCCCUUCGGCGCAGGAAGAAUGGAGAGCCGUGUGGACGCCUGCUAUCAUUGAGAGGCUACAGAGGGACGAGGACUUUGGACUCGAUAGUCUUGUGAGAUGUUCAAACCAGCUAGUCUUCAGUGAUGGAUCCCGGGAUUUGCUCACAAUAUUUUGUUUUGCGCAGGAUAUCGUCCACUUCUCUUACAUGUGCGCUUUCGAGUCCCUCGCGAUCAACGCCACUUCUCCCUUCUGCGGAUUGUUCCGCCGAUCAGAGCUGCAGUACAUCGAAUACGAUGCCGACCUGGACAAGUACUACGAGCACUCGUACGGUGCCCGACUCGCUCGAUCGCAAGCCGUGGGCUAUCUCAGCGAGGUGUUGGCGCGCCUGGAAAACGAUCGGGACGAUGUCAACGCAGACCGGACUCAAGUCAACCACACCGUCGACUCGAAUCCGAAAACGUUCCCGCUCCGAGCCAAGUUCAUGCACGCCGACUUCACCCACGACGAUCAGCUGCUCGCGGUCCUCACACUAUUGGGCUUUUUCCAGGAUUCGGCAUUGAGUACGACACUGCCAUGCCCGAUGCGCACGUUUGUCGCGAGCAAGAUGGUGCCCUUCGCGGGGAGAUUGGUGAUUGAGCAAGUUCAUUCGCCUAUCUGGGAACACAUGUCUUGGCUCCGGCAUGACACCGUAAGGAUCCUGGUGAAUGAUAAGCGAAUGGAUCUCAGUAAACUGUGCACCAAAGUCAGUAAUCCUCCGCCUCAUCGUCAAGGAUUGAAGCGCGUGGUAGACCGAUCGCUGACUCGCUUUCUUGUCUUGCGUACGGUAUAGGAUGCGCUCACGUACGGAGGAACGGUGUGCGAGUAUCGGCGUUUUGCGGCGACUUUGAAGAAGAUCAUAGAGACGGCAACCAAGGAGUUUGAAGGUUGUGGAUUCGUACCCGCGAAUUAG